AAUACUAAACCGGUAAAUCAAUAAACCGGGGAAUCGAGAAAAAGGUACGUCACUGUAUCUUUCUUCCCCAUAUUAGCCAACAACCUGACAAUAUGACCAAUAGAAAAUCAAAAACAAAAUCUUAGAUUCUCUCUAGCUAUUUCUUCUUUCUCUUCUACAAUGAGUGAGCAGAAUCCGAAUCGGGUACUCGAAUCCGAGACCCGACCCGUUGGAGGCACCGAAUACAGCUGGUGCAGAGCAAUCACCGGCGGCACAGGCAUCGCCGUCAUAGCUCUCUUACUCUCCCGAACCCCAAAACUCGAAAAUCUCCAAAACACCCUCGACAAACUCCAGAUUUACCAUCCUAUCCUCCGCUCAAACAUCCGUUUCGACGCAUCCUCAAACUCCUUCUCCUUCGUAACCUCCGCCGAUUCACGCGUCGAAAUCCAGCCCUUCGAUUCCGCAUCCACGGCUCAGAUCAUCAGAGACAGCGACGAUCCAUGCGCCGAACCGCACAGGAUCAUCCUAGAACACGAGCUGAACAAGAACACGUGGAUCGAUCCACACCGUUGGACCAACGGCGAGGCCGGCGUGUUUUUCGUCAGCAUUUACGAUGUGAGAGACGGCGAGGAGAGGAUACUGACGUUUCGGCUGAACACUGGGGCGUGCGAUCGGACUUCGGCGGUUACGCUUCUGAGGGAGUUUAUGAGAGAGACGGCGACGGCGGCGGCGGGAGACGGAUGCGGUGGCGGUGGAAACGGUCCCGUGGCGGAGACGGCGGGGUUAGGGAAGGCGAUAGAGGAGAUGGUUCCGAGUGGGAAAGGGAAUAAACCGUUCUGGGCGCGUGGAAUCGACGUGCUGGGUUACUCGCUGAACGCAUUUCGGUUCUCGAAUUUGAGUUUCGUGGACGCAGAGGAUUCGAAUCGGAGGUCGCAAGUGGUGAGGAUGAAACUGGAAAGAGAUGAGACUCUCAAACUUGUGGCUGGAUGCAAGGCAAGAGGGAUAAAGCUAUGGGCAGCUAUAGCCGCGUCGGGGCUGAUCUCUGCGUACUCUUCGAAGAAGCUACCGCAAAACCAAGGAGAAAAAUACGCCGUGGUUACUCUUUCUGACUGUCGUUCCAUUCUCGAACCUCCUCUUACUCCUAAUGACUUUGGUUUCUACCACUCAGGGAUCCUUCACACACACGACAUAACCGGAGAGGAAAAGCUUUGGGACUUGGCCAAGAGAUGCUACGACUCUUUCACAUCCGCAAAGAACUCAAACAAGCAGUUCACAGACAUGUCGGAUCUCAAUUUCUUGAUGUGCAAGGCUAUAGAGAACCCUAACCUCACGCCUUCCUCGUCUCUAAGAACCGCUUUCAUCUCCAUAUUUGAAGAUCCCGUGACAGACGAAUAUACAGAACCUGCAUUGGUUUCUGUCGCUGUUCGAGAUUACAUCGGAUGCGCAUCGAUUCAUGGCGUUGGACCAUCCGUUGCGGUUUUCGAUUCGCUUAGGGACGGUAAAUUGGACUGUGCGUUUGUGUAUCCUUCGCCGUUGCAUUCGAGAGAGCAAAUGGAUGGGUUGAUUCAACAUAUGAAAGCUAUUCUUUUGCAAGGAUCAGCUUCUUCCUUUUGAUUUGUUUGUGUUUUGACAAAAAUCCAAACUCUCUCUUGCGUCCAGAGGCAUAGAUAAAUAUUUUAUGAAGAAAAAUAAAUCUA